UCCCUCUUUUUUGACAAUUUUUUGGCUAGGGUUCUAAUCAUAACCUAGGGCUCGGAGUUCAUGAAAUGCCCCCUUUUCCAUCAUCAAUCGAGUCAAUUAGGUUUCGCUUCCGAGUUUGAAUCCCGUCCGUUUCCGAAUUGUCCCGGCGAAGGACAUGGAUUCCGAAGGGCAAAGGCUCCCGUCUAAUCCCCCGGCGAUGUUGUCGUCUCUCCUGGGCAAGAGAGCCAAGCUUCACGAAGAACUCCGCAGCAUCGAGAAGCAGGUCCUUCAUCUCUCGGCAUGCCCCUCUUUGUUUAAACCCGUAUAUGAGAUGGAGACAAGUUAUUUGCAGGACCCGAGUCAAUGUGGGAAUGUGCUGAAAGGUUUUGAAGGGUUUCUUUCUGCAUCUAAGAGUACAGCCCUCUUGAAGCGCUCGAGGAAAUUUCAGCCUGAAGACAGGCUUUUCUCUUUGUCUUCAGUCACCUCACCAGCUGCUGAAGAGCUUGCAGGGGGAAGAGAUGAUGGGCGAUCAGAUCUUGGAGCUGGGAGAUCUAAGGGGGGUAUAUAUGCCAAUGGGCAGGGAAAACCAAAGAAGGGAAGACCAACACCAAGAGAUGCAAAGAAAAACAGGGCUGCUGAACAAGAUUUUGACUAUGAAGAUGAUCCUGAUUUGACGUCCUAGAUUUCCAUGCUCCAGCAUUUAACCUGUCUUUAUAGAGGUUUUUCGAAACCAUAGUUUUAUGUAAAUUUGUUCUUGCAGAUAUAUUCUUUUGGUUUUUUUUACCCCCUUCUAUAAUUUCUAAAUACAAAUGGAAGCUGAAGUUGAUGGGAACGCCAUCUGAAUAUGUAGAGCUCCUCUUUCUUGGCAAAUGCAUAUUAUUUCCUCUUC